GGAAUGGAGGAAGGAGAUGAUUGGAUAGCCCCUGAUAAGCUUUACCACAUCCUCUUCUGCUUCUUCAUUGCUAUCAUUUUCACUCUUCUCGCGGAAAAAACUCGUUACCCUUUCAUCCGCCGCCGGAGCAUCUGGGUCGGAUCCAUUAUUUCACUCGCUGCCGGCGCCGCUAAGGAGGUCGCCGACGAACUGGGUUUUUUCAGGUCAGCAGGUGCAUCUACCAAGGACGCUGUUGCCGACGUCUUUGGUACUCUUAUCGCUGCUCUCGCAUUUUCUCUCUACAAAUCAUCCUUCAUACGCCGGAGGCCCGAUCAAUCCGUUCAAGCUAAAGUACUCCAGAUGGUUUAGUCGGUUACUUGGAGUAAACCGAUCAUACAAUUUG